AAUGUCACAGCAAUACCAAAUAAAGUAAUGAUAAACAAAGUCGUAGUCUUUGUAUCGUAGUCCAGUGAUCAGCAUUUCAAAAGGAUUAAGCCAAUUGAAUAAGCGAUUUUUGUUUGCAAAAUCUAGUGUCAACAUUGUCAAAAAUCAGCCAGGCGCUCGAAAUUAUGAGAAUUAGUUGAAUUUGAUAGAACCGAAAUUUAAUUAGAACCAUUUGAAGAAAUGCGAAGUUAAUGUGCAGAGGUGACCACCAAAAAUUCUAGUACAGAAAAACGACAGCACACACAAAGACCCAUAACAAAUGCUUUUUAUCACCAAUCGCCUUGCUGCUGGUGUUCGACUGAAAAUAGAUGGAACACGCAUUUUCGUUCAGUGCUAUAGGACAGCGGCUAGUGUUAAGCUCACACCGCACGACGUCAAUCGAAUAUUGUAUGAAAAGGAAUUCACGACCGAUUUUACAGAUUCAUCGAUUAAAAGCUAUGAUUCCAAUCAGGUGGCGUCCAAUAAUCCGCUAGAGGAUCGAAGAAGUGAGGCAUCGUGUCUAUUCACAAAUGGUUCUCUGUUUGGUGUAUUCGAUGGUCAUGCCGGUCCAUCAUGUGCACAAAUCAUUUGCAAGCGAUUGAUGCGUUAUAUCGCCGCCAGUUUGGUAACACCAGAUGUAUUGAGCAAGAAACUGAGCGAAGGUGCGAAGAGCAACUCAUUUCUACAGUGCCAUAACGAUAAGGUAGAUUUUGUGGACGAAAUUGAUGCGAUAUUUGAAAAGAGUUUCGCCAAAUAUGCCCGGAAUUUAUGCUAUGAAGAUCCCUCCAAUUUUCAAAUAAGUGUUGCGCUGCAAAACGCCUUUCUGCAGCUAGAUAGGGAUAUCGCGGCCGAAGCGUUAGAGCAUCAAACACCUCGAACGCUAUCGGUGGCAAUGUCGGGAGCUGUUGCUUGUGUUGUUUACAUUAAUCGUAUGGAUAUGCAUAUUGCUAACACGGGCGAUUGUUUGGCCGUACUGGGUUCGAUAAAUGAGGCUGGUGAAUGGGAAACGAAACGCUUAACCAACGAACAUAAUUCAGAUAAUUUAGCUGAAGUGAGACGAAUCACUGGCGAUCAUCCGCUCAGUGAACGUGACACAGUAAUCCGGGGUGAACGACUACUUGGUCAAUUGGCACCGUUGCGAGCAUUCGGUGAUUUUCGUUACAAAUGGCCCAUAGAUAUUCUCAAGAAAUACGUUGUGCCCUAUUAUGGAGAGCAUGUGAUACCGCCAAAUUAUCUCACGCCACCAUAUUUAACGGCUGAACCAGAAAUUAGUUACCACACGAUAACGCCACGCGAUCGAUUUGUAAUCAUCGCAACGGAUGGCAUUUGGGAUUUUAUGACAGCAACUCAAGCCGUUAAAUUGGUUGGCGAGCACAUGAUCGGAAAGCAGUUUUUGCAGCCAUUCUUUCCAAAACGAAAUCUUAAACUCAGCGAAAUCGCUCAAAUGCUGUCACAAAGAAGAGCUGGACUGAAAACGAAACCGGCAGAUAAAAACGGUGCAACACAUUUGAUUCGACAUGCGCUCGGCGGAACCGAUUAUGGUAUUGAACAUUCAAAAUUAUCACAUAUGCUUUCGUUGCCGCCAGACGUGGUCCGACUGUUCAGAGAUGAUAUGACUGCAACAGUGAUAUAUUUCAAUCAGGAUUUCGUUCGAAACGCCAGACCAUAGACUAUUAUUUUUCGUUUGUUUGUUUCACAUUUGAAUGCCGCGCAACUCGAUUGCUGACUGAGAGUUAUCUCCAAUGUACGUAAUUUUACUGAACGAAAACACCCUAAUUGUACAAUGCUGAUUUUAUUCAUGAAAUUAUUCUAUCGUUAUUAACACACGAAAGCUAAAAAGAAAAAGUAUAUUCGCUAUGAUAGUCAGUGCAAAUGGGUUUGUAGAUUAAAUAAUCUGGAAAAAUAAAGAAUAUUUAUUGAGCAA